GAUUCUGACCGAACAGUUCGUAAACUCGUCACAAAAGGGGGGGGUAAGCUAGUGAGUGUUGAAGUGAGAUGAAAGGGGAUGGGGAGCAAGUGCUGUAAAUGCACAUCAGAUAAGACAACUUCGCCUCAGAGAUCCUCGUCUACCUAUUCUUACCCGAGGUCUCGUACAAGGAAAAGGAUGAUCGGAGAUGAUUGGGAAGUCGAAGAACAUAUCGAAGACGAAAGGUUCUCUCCUCAUAAAUCAGGGGGGACCAGGGUCAGCUCGGGCCGACCUAUUCUCUCCCGUAGUUUGACAGACAUCACUGUCAAGGUGGGAACGCGAACCCGAUUUCUCAUAGAGGUCAGCAGUCCUACGCCAGUUACUGUGAGAUGGGAGAAGAAUGGAAAAACGGUAGAAGACACCGACAGAUUAAAGCUAGCAACAGAAGGUCAAUUUUAUUGUUUGGACAUAUCCCCAGUCGUCCUCGAAGACAGCGGUUCUUGGACAGUGUGGGUGAAGAACAGCAUAGGUGUGACGAGGUCAUCUGCAGAGCUUUCACUCAUAGUACCAAAGGCCUAUAAGAAACCAGAAUUUGUCGAACCCCUACGAGCAGUCUUGACAGCCCAAGGGACUGUAUCUUUGGAGUGUAAAGUCGUUGGAGUGCCAACACCGACAUUACGAUGGCUUAAGGGCAAUUCAGAAAUCAAAGCAGGUGACAUCCUCGCCCUUACUGCCGAUGCAUCGGAUCCGACCUCCCUUGGUACCUACACGUGUCUUGCUUCAAACUGUAUGGGCAAAGCCGAAUCUACUUCAAUUGUUCAUUUGAACGGAUCUUCAAGCACUGCUGGAUUUUUGCCUUCUGGUCCCAAACCGAAAUUUUUGAAAGAAUUACGAAACGAGAAAGUAAAACUUGGAGGACAUGUCACUUUGGAAUGUAAAAUCUCAGUACCUCCUUGGCCAGAAGAAAUUCAUUGGUACGGUCCCUCAGGUGAAGUGGUCGAAGGUGAAAGAGCGCAUUUAAUCGAAGACGGUGCUGGGAUGUACAGCAUCACGUUGCCCAACGUCACCUCGGAAGAUAAUGGCACUUGGAAAUGUGUUGCCACGAAUAAAUUAGGAGCUAAAUCUGUUUCAACUGCUAAUCUCACUGUUAAUUAUCCUAAAAACUAUAGGAAGCCAAAGUUUUUGGAAAGCCUGAAAGCGAUACUAACAGAAGAAGGUUUGGUUUCAUUUGAAUGUAAGGUAGUGGGAUAUCCGACCCCUAAUCUUUCUUGGCUCAAAGACGGCAAAGAGUUAAAACCUGGAGACGUAUAUCAACUUACCGGCACCAACUCUCUCGGUUCGUACUGUUGCAUAGCAAAAAACUGUAUGGGACAAGCAGAAAGUAGUGCCGAAUUAACAUUAGAAGACAUCAAGAGUCAGUUGACAGAAGAAGAGCGGUUGCAGUUAUCUUCUGAGAAACUGCCACCGCGAUUCAUCCAAGGGCUGAAAAGUUCUGAAGCAAAGAUUAACGAAAGUUUCAAAUUUACUGUGCAAGUGAGCGUUUUCCCUGAGUCGACCGUUUUAUGGUUCAAAGAUGAUGAAAUUGUCGAAAAAAGUGAAAAGUACAAACUAGACAAAGAUAGGAUCGGGACGUUUCAUUUGGAAAUAAAUAAGUUAGAAUUUUCAGACCAGGCCGAAUGGAAAUGUGUUGCUACGAACGACUUUGGCCAAAGUGUUACGUCCUGUUUCCUAAAACUCAACAUUCCACGCCAUUAUAAGAAACCAAAAUUUCUAGAAGAUUUGAAAGCUGUGAUGUCAGACGAAGGGGCAGUGAACCUAGAAUGCAAGGUUAUAGGAGUUCCCCAGCCAAAACUAAAAUGGUUCAAAGACGGGAGAGAGCUGAAAGCAGGUGAUAUUCAUAAAAUAAUAUCCGGUCAAGAUGGGACUUGCUGUUUAGGAACGUACACGUGCUUGGCACAAAAUUGUAUGGGAACCGUUUCUAGCUCUGCUUCUCUCCUAGGUUUUGAAGAAAAAGGAGUAAAAUCAGCUGGAAUUCCGGAAAGCAUCAAAGGUCAUCCUUUAUCAAGAGAUCGUUCUUUGUCAACAAUUCACGAAGAAAGGACUUCUCAACUUCACGACACUGAAAAAUCAACGACCAUUGAUGACAGAGCAGAGGAAGUGUCAUUUUCUUUUGACGGUAAAGAAGUUUCCGUUUCUCUUUACGAAACUCCAGAUCUUACAGAAGAAGAGGCUUUGCAAAUUGUUGAAAUGUAUGCCGAUCAAAUUUCCGAACAUGUGUCAGAACAUAACUUAGUGGAGUUGCCACCGAUGAGGUUUACAAAAGAAAGUUCUACCUCUGGUAAAUUGAUGAUGGAAGCACUCGUGAUCGAUGUAAAUCCAGAAUAUUUUACCACUGCUCCAACAUCACCGAAAGUGGUUGAAGAUGAUUUGAGAACCGAUGCUGAUGUUGACGAAUUUUCGCUAGUUGAAGAAAUUACAAUGGCGAACCUUACUCCCGAUGAGGUUAAAACCACCGAAAACAUCGCAGCAGAAUUCGAAGCGAGGACUCCGCUAAAACCUCCCAGGAAUAAGAAUAAAUCUCAUUACAAAGAAGACGAGAAAGAUAUAUCAGAAGGUAAUGAAAAAGCAAAUGCACCUGAGGCAAAACCUAGGAAAAAGAAAAUAUCUACAGAUUCAGAAAGAGAAGACGAUUCUCUCCAAGAAUUUGAAAGGCGCAAGAUUUUAGAAAAACAAGUGAUUUCUAAGCCCGAAAAAAAGAGAACUGAUUCAGAACUGGAAGACGAUUCAUUGUACGAGUUUGAAAAUAGAAAAACAAAGGAAGAUGAUAUAAAGGCAUUUCAAAAGGAAAACAUUAGACAAUCAACCCAAGAAACAGUUUUCGGCCGUACUGUCGACAAUGAAACUUCAAUUACGAAUGUUAAGUCGAUCGAACCUUUCGUUUCCAAACGAUCAAUUACUGAAGAUGAAGCAACAUUCAAUACAGCGGAAGAAAGUGCGUUUGAGAGAAGUGAAGUGUCUGUUCUUGAGUCUUUGGCGCAUUCCCUCACUGAGAUACAAAAAGGUCUCGUAGCUGUUGAAGCACAUGUCGCUUCCGAAUCCAGUGCAGAAAUGCAUUCGGCUCAUGGAUUGUUUGAAUCGCUAGUACAGCCCAUAACUAACGUCCAAAAGAGUCUCGAAAUAGUCGAAGCACACCUUUCUGACACCCCGGCUGGUCAACCCUCUACGGAGAUGUUAGAAACACUUAUACAACCGAUCGAACAAUUCAAAAAGAAUUUGGCUUUAAUGCAAGAACUGAACUUACCUGUGUUGCAAUCGGUUACAUGUCAAUUAGACAACCUAGAUAAGGAAAUCGCCCAAAUUAGACAGACGACCAGAUCCCAUCAAGAAUAUAAAAAGUCGGUGACCGAAGUUCAAGAAGCUCUUUCGAAAAUAAUAGAAAGGCAGUCUUGUGUACCUAGCGACAAAAACAUUUCCAGUACUCUCACCGCUGAACUUCAUCAACUCGAAGAGAACGCCAACGAUGAACUGGAAAAAUAUUACGACCGACUUCUUAAUGUUAGCACUGAAAUUAGAACAAAGGCGAAUCAUGAGGAAGAUCAAGAAAUUUCAGACAUUUUAAGAUCAGUUGGAGAUUUGAUAAAGCCUCUUAAAAAAUUAUCAGCUAUUACAUCAAGAUGUAUCGCAGUCAUUGUUGAGGAUAAUGAAAUGGGAAUUCCUCCUACUGCUAAAGUCGUAGAAGCUUUAGUGAAACCUCUCGAAGUUACAAACGCUAGUUUAAGGCUAUUCGAAAGUAUUAGUACACUGAAGAGCCACAAAGCAAUCCGAGGAACAGGAAUUCCCGUAUUGUACAAAGUAUCUGUCCCUAUGGACGAGUUAGACACGACAAUCAACCUCGUCGAAAAUCUCUCUGCUCAUACGGCGGUUGAAUUUCUGAUCCCUCCUCUAGAAAACCUGGAAAAAAAAAUUAAAGAUAUUGAUAUAUCACAUGGGGGUAGUGGUUUUCUUGAAAAUCUUCAGAUGGAGGGUGUCCCGCUAGUGAAAAAUUUAGAACACAGUUUAGAUGUAAUGCUGGAUUGUAUCGGCUCCAUUCAGAAAGGAGUACCGGUGGACGAAUCAAAAAGAGAUAUCGCUGGAAAACUGCCUGCGAUCACGAAACCUAUGGAAGACUUAUAUAAAAGUCUGAAAUCAGUAGAAAAUGGCAUAAAAAGCGGUGAAUUAUCUUAUGGGGAAGUCUUUUCCAUUGCUCAAGAAUUAAGUAAACCGUUGCAGACGAUCAGAUCUGAAUUUUCAAUACUUCAGCACGAAAUCGAAGCGGAUCAUUACAGCACUGAACAACCAUGUCAAAACGCCUUAAUUAAUUUAGUAGAGCCUCUCGAAGGAGUUCAAAACUGCAUUACGGCUUUUCAUGAAACCGUGAUGUGUAAAUCUGGUGACGAUCCAAUGCACAUGAGAUUUAUAUUGUACGCGUUGAAGGAGAUGGCAGAACCAUUGGAUAAUUUAUGUAGUAAAAUGAUUACAGCUGAAGAAACAUUACUGGGAAAAGGAGACCCAUUCCAAGGAUUGAAAGCUGUCACUAGGUCGGUUAGCGAGCUCAGAGAAUCUUCAGCAGCCGCUGUAUCAUCCGAAUCAAACGCAAUGGAGAAAAUAUCUAUAAUGCUUUCAGAACCUCUAACUAGAGUUCAGAGCGGCCUCGAAAACAUACUAGAACUCGUUGAUAAAAAGGAAAAUGUGAACGUCGAUGUAAUGAAAGAUAUGACAGGGCCGUUUAAAGAACUUCAGAGCGCUCUUUUAGAAAUAGAUGAACAAAUGAAUGAAGAGGUAACUGAAGGCGCUACUCCUGAAUUAAAAAACGCGAUACAGGACCUCCUGAAAACUAUCACCGUUAUGCCAAAUCGAAGCGCGUUGGCGCGCACUGACGAGCCCACAGUUAUGGAAUCAAACAUGGUUACUCUUCAGUCCCUCACGCAACCACUGCAAACAUUAAAAGCACAAUUCGCCGAAAUUCAAAGAUCCUCUAACAGAACGCUAAUCAAAGCUGAUAUUGCAUUAAGCUCGUUAGGGGAUUCCGCACGGCGCGUAUCGGCCACUUUAACAGAGCUAAAAAAUGUUAGCCCACAACCAGUAUCAGAGGUCCUUUGCUCUCUAGGGAUAGUCAUUGAAGAUUUUGAAGCCACAUUAGAAGAUUUAUCAACUAAUCUAGAAACCACCAAAAAGUUGGAUGAAGCAAGACGUAAUUUAUCAGACAGUCUUAAAAUUAUAGAUGAAAAAUUAAGCAAAAUGUACUGCAAAAUGGAAACAUAUGCAGUGUCUGUCGACCCAGGAAAACCGAAGCCAAUGGUUCUCGUUAAAGACGUAAUGCUCAAUUUGCAAAGAGCUAUUGAACAAUCAUACAUCGUUCUGUCCAACGGGAAAGGAAAUGCUGCCAACAGAAAUAACGACACAUUAAAUACUAUCGAUCAACUAGCUAACGCUUUUACAACGUUUCAUUGUCAGUUAAUUUCUAUUGAUGAAGUUGCUGUCUACAUCAGGGGAGAACCACGAGGUGUAAACGCUUUGAAAGAACAUGUAGACGAAUUAGAAUCUUUGUUAAAAGACGCGUUGUCGUAUGAAAUACAGGAUAAAAAUGAUGAAAUGGUUCUAGAUUCUAUUAGUAACGAUAUUAAAAGCGUACAGAGGGUAGUUGAUAAUCUGGUUUUAGAGGGUAAUGCCGACACUGCAAGGGUCCGCUUCGUCCUCGCUAAAGUUGAAUCCGUUCACGAAGAUCUCAAACAUUUGUCCAAAAAUCACGAUAACCAAAACAAUUUUAAAGUCGCUUGUCAAACAUCAUUGUCAAUACUCAAUAUCGGUGAGGAUCUGUUAGUUCCUAAGCCUAAAAAAACCCUUGAAAUCGUGCCAAAAAUUUCAAAAGGAGAGACGUCAGUUAUCGGUAAUCUUCUCGAAGGGAUAGAGGAACUAGAGUCUAGCUUUGAAAAAAUGAAACAAAAGGCAAAGGCAAACGGGAUUUCCGACAAGGCGAUAGCAGAAAUGUCUUUGGAACUUUCGAUUCUUCAGAGUACCGUUCAAGAUCUUGCGACAGAAGCAAGCGGUGAUUUACUAGAUAAAGCACAAGAACUGUGCAUUCCAAUAAAAGCUAUUCAAGAACAUUUACUCCAAGUGCCAUGCAUAAAGCAAAUAGAUAUAGAGGAAUCGUCUGAAUCUUUGCACAAUAUUAACAGAGUUUUGACAGCGGUCAUAAAGAAAAAAGAAGUAGAAAAACUAGCACAACCAUUGACUUCUGUAAUAGGAGAUUUAUUAGAAACUGUAGACGAGUUAGAAGUUAGUUUUGACAAACAGAAACAUAAAGCUGAAUGGAAAAUGGUCGAAGAAGAAAGUGUUUCUAAAAUGGCCAGUGAAAUAUUUAUCUUGCAAGGAAUCGUUCAAGAUUUAGCAACCGAAGCCACUGGCGAUUUGCUGGAUAAAGCUUCUAAAGCUUGUCUUCCUGUCAAAAUGUUAGAAGAAACGUUAGUAACUUCAACGAGAAACAGUGGAGAUUUGGAACAACUGUGUGAGGCGCUUCACAACAUUAACAUGGAACUUCGAUCUGCAAUUAAGCAAAGUGAGUUAGAAAAAGCUUUAAAAGAAAAAGAAUUUGAAAAAUUAUUUAGUUUCGAAGCAUUGUCUGCUGAUUUAGAUCUUCCUAUUAUUAAAAGUAUUGUGUCAACUGUUAGAUCCAUGCAAUCUGAGUUGCAAACGGUAUCGUCUAAUCCGGAAAAAAACCAUCUCCGUGAAUUCCUUCAAAAUUUUGAACAAAACCUGAUUGUGUAUGGUGAUGCUAUAGAAAAUCGGAGAAAUGGACAAGAGUUGUUGUCUUCGUUGAAUAAAAUGGAGUCAAUGGUUUCAAAGUUUGAUGUUAACUGUUUAGAAUCAGAAUACUUAUCACAAGCUAUUGCAGAUUUAAAAAAUGCUUUGGAUGACGAUAGCAUGAGAAAUGUUCUCCCAGGAUUUCAAACAAUUUUAACUCAACUCAAAACACUGCAUGAAGAAUUGAAAAGAACGAUUUCACCAGCCCAAGACAAAAAGAGAGAGGCUAAAUGUUUGGAAUGGUUUUCAAAAGCAAGUGCCGAGCUUGAGCGAGGACUUAUGAAAUUAGAAAAAGCGAUUUUGAUUAAUAAAAACAGACAAGUUGACUGCAUGUUAAGCCCUAUGGAAAACUUGGUGUCUUUUAUUAACACUAUUACGGAUAAAACGAACAUCGAAGAGUUUUUAGAAGAAGGCAGUCUAUCGUCGCUCGAAAGCUUAUCCAAGCCGAUAGGGGACAUUCAAGGAGCACUUUCCCAAAUACAAGAUGCCAUCGAAAAUAAUGAUGAUGUAAAAGCCUUGGAACUAUUGGUAGAAAUUGCAAAUCCCGUACGAGAAUUGAGAGCAAAUAUAGCUCUUAUCCAAGACAAGCCAUUAACAGAAAGUAGCCUGAGUCAAUUGUGUGAACUUAAACAAGCAGUUUCAGUUAUGGCCAAUCAAGCAGCUGAGGAAGCUGAAAUAUUAAAAAAACGUUUGUUACAAUUACAAGCACGCCUACAAGAACUGAAUCCAGAAUCGGAAUUAGAAGAGGUCGUUAGUGAAAUUACGGAGCCGGUAGACUCUCUUAAACAAGCUGUCGAGAAUUUAGAAUCUUGUGGAGAAUCCUCGACACUCCUAGAGUUGUGCCAUCAAGUUGUCGACAUUAUUUCCAUGGCCGAUGAAACACUUUCAGAGAUAUCGACCUUAGGUCAAUUCACGCAAGGGUCGCCACAUGUUGAGAGAACAGAUUUUAUGAAAAUAGCCACUGAAUGCCAGGAAAUAUAUGAGGACAAUACCCUAUCAGAGAUUUCAAUAUCGGAUCGGCCAACUCAAGCCUUGGAAGGGCAUACUCCCGCAUUGGUAAUGGGUAGUAUUAAAAAGGAAAAUAUUCAGCAAGACAAGGGUGAAUUUCAACAUGAAAGAUUCGAAAAAGGAAUCGAAGCUCUUAAACAUAAAAUUGAAGAUUUGAAAUAUGAGAGUCAGUCUUCUCAACCAGAAAAAGCCGUUAAGAAAAAUAGCGAAGAACAUAUAACCAAAUUACAACAUAAUGACGAACAGGAAGCUAAUACAUUGGGGGAAAUAGAAAAGAAAAAGAAGAAAGAAGAGGAAAAGAAUACCAAAGAUUUAGUCGAUCAGAAGAAGGAAGAGAAGGAAAAAGAAGAAAAUAAAAACAAAGAAUUAGAGGGAAUGGAAAAGAAAACAAGGGAAGAAGAAAAAAAUAAAGCUAACGAUUUAGCGGCAAUGGAAAAGAAACAAACAGAAGAAAAAGAAAUGAAAGGAAAAGAAUCAGCGGACAUAGAAAAGAAAAAGAAGGAAAAAGAAGAAAACAAGGCCAACGAAUUACCCGAACAAGAGAAGAAAAAGAAGCACAUAGAUAAAAAGAAUGCCAACGAAUUAGCCGAACUAGAAAAGGAAAAGAAGGAGGUAGAUGAAACGAAGGCUAAAGAAUUAGCUGAUCAGGAAAAGAAAGAGAAAGAAGAAAAGAAAGCCAAAGAAUUAGCAAAACAGAAGGAGAAACAGAAAGAAGAGGAAGAUAAGAAGGCUAAAGAAUUAGCACAUGUAGAAAAGAAAAAGAAGGAAGAAGAAGAAAAGAAGGUCAAACAAUCAGCCGAACUGGAUAAGAAAAAGAAAGAAGAGGAAGAAAAGAAAACUAAAGAAUUAGCGGAAAUAGAAAAGAAAAAGAAGGAAGGAGAAGAAAAGAAGGCUAAAGAAUUACCCGCAGUAGAUAAGAAAAAAAAAGAAGAGGAAGAAAAGAAAACUAAAGAAUUAUCGGAAAUAGAAAAGAAAAGGAAGGAAGAAGAAGAAAAAAAGGCCAAACAAUCAGCUGAAGAGGAGAAGAAAAAGAAAGAAGAGGAAGAAAAGAAAACUAAAGAAUUCGCGGAAAUAGAAAACAAAAAGAUGGAAGAAGAAGAAGAAAAAAAGGUUAAAGAAUUAGUGGAAACGGAAAAGAAAAAGAAGCUCAAAGAAUUAGCCGAACAGGAGAAGAAAAAGAAAGAAGAGGAAGAAAUGAAAACUAAAGAAUUAGCGGAAAUCGAAAAGAAAAAGAAGGAAGAGGAAGAAAAGAAGGCUAAAGAAUUAGCGGAAACAGAAAAGAAAAAGAAGGAAGAGGAAGAAAAGAAGGCUAAAGAGUUAGAAGAAAUGGGAAAGAAAAAGAAAAAAGAAGACGAAAAGAUGGGCCAAGAAUUAGCCGAACAGGAGGAGAAAAAGAAGGAAGAAGAACAAAUUAAAGCCGAACAAUUAACCGAACAGGAGAAGAAAAAGACGGGAGAGGAAGAAAAUAAAGUCAAAGAAUUAGCGGAAAUGGAAAAGAAAAAGAAGGAAGAAGAAGUACAGAAAGUGAAAGUUUUAGACAAAAAUGAAAAAGAAGUAAAACAAGAAAGAAAAAUAAAAGGAUUAGAGGAACAGGAAAAGGAAAAGAAGGUCGAAGAAAUGACGGUAAAGGAAUUAGCGGAAAUAAAAAAGAAGAAGUUGGAAGAGGAAGAAAAGAAGGCCAAACAAUUAGCAGAUCAGAAGAAGAAAAAAGAGGAAGAAGAAGGAAAGAACGCUAAAGAAUUGGCUGAAAUAGAAAAGACAACGAAGGAAGAUGAAGAAAAGAAAGCCAAAGCAUCAACUGAAGAGCAGAGGAAAAAGAAGGAAGAAGAACAAAAGAAAGCCGAUCAUUUAGCCCAAAUGGAAAAUAAAAAGAAGGAAAAAGCAGAACAGAAAGCCGAAAAAUUAGCAGAACAGGAAAAGAAAAAGAAAGUAGAAGAAGAAAAGAAGGAGCAAGAAUUAGUCGAUCAGGAGAGAAAAAAGAACGAAGAAGAAGAAAAGAAGGCUAAAGAAUUAGCUGAAGAGCAAAGGAAAGAGAAGGAAGAAGAAGAAAUGAAAGCCAAAGUGUUAGCUGAACACAAGAAAAAAAAGAAGGAAAAAGAAGAACAGAAAGCCAAAGAAUUAGCAGAACAGGAUAAGAAAAAGAAAGAAGAAGAAGAAGAAAAGAAGGCUAAAGAAUUAGCUGAAGAGCAGAGGAAAAAGAAGGAAGAAGAAGAAAAGAAAGCCGAUCAUUUAACCCAAAUGGAAAAGAAAAAGAAGGAAGAAGAAGAAAUGAAAGCCAAAGAGUUAGCUGCACAGGAGAAGAAAAAGAAGGAAAAAGAAGAACAGAAAACCAAAGAAUUAGCAGAACAGGACAAGAAAAAGAAAGAUGAAGAAGAAACGAAGGCUCAAGAAUUAGCCGAUCAAAAGAAGAAAAAGAACGAAGAAGAAAAGAAGGCUAAAGAAUUAUCUGAAGAGCAGAGGAUAAAGAAGGAAGAAAAAGAAAAGAAAGGCGAUCAUUUAGCACAAAUGGAAAAGAAAAAGAAGGAAGAAGAAGAAAUGAAAGCCAAAGAAUUAGCUGCUAUGGCAGAGAAAAAGAAGGAAGAAGAAGAAAAGAAAGCCCAAACAUUGGCUGAUAUGGCAGAGAAAAAUAAGGAAGAAGAAGAAAAGAAAGUCAACGAAUUAGCUGACAUGGCAGAGAAAAAGAAGGAAAAAGAAGAAAAGAAAGCCAAAGAAUUAGCUGAAAUGGGAAAGAAAAAGAAGGAACAAGAUGAAAAUAAUACCAAAGCUUUAGCAGAACAGGAAAAGAAAAGGAAGGAAGAAAGAGAAAAGCAAACAAAACAAUACGAUAAAAACAAAAAGAAAAGGAAGGAAGAUGAAGUAAAGAAAGCUAAAGAAGAAGAAAUUCCCGAAAAUGAAAAGAAGCAAAUAGAAGAAGUGAAAGAAUUUAUAGUAAAGAAAAAGCAAAAUAAGGAAGAAGAAGAUACGAAUGUCAAACCGGAACAGGGCGUAGAAAUGGAAGUCAAGCAAUUGUCCGAAAAGGGUAAGAAUAAAGUUCAAGAAGAAGACUACAAAAGCAGCGAAACGGUGGAGCAAAUAAAUGCAAAACGCAAAGAAAGGUCUAUUGAAGAUGUAACUGAUCAGGAAAAGAAAAAGUAUUUGAAUAAUCAAAUGAAUGUUGAAAAACUAUACGAACCUGAAAACAAAAUACUUGAUGGUCAAUUUUGCAGCACUGAUCAAACUACUGUUGAUAUGACCACUAUUGAGGAUGACACGACUAGAAAAAGAUGUAACUAUAAUAAUUUAAUUCAAUAUGCUGCAAGUGGAAAAAGCGGACAGUCUUUAAGAGAAACUAAGUAUUAUAAUAAUCGUGGCAUUGAAGUUGUAGAACUUCCUGAUUACGAGCCACCUGUGCGUCCCGAAAGAGGCAGGCGAACGUAUGGAUCAAUGAGGGAUGCAGCAAGAAUGCAAGAAGUACAAGAAACGCAAAUGUCCUCUUAUAGUUGGAAAAAAUCACAAGAAAGAAGUUGGACACAUUUGGAAUAUUCUGCCUCAGACUUGCAGAGACCAGCACCUUUUCAUACCUCAAGACGGACUUUAAGCCCAAGAAAAGAUUUUAGUAGCAUGCAACUUGAUUCGAUAAGAUACCAACCAACUCCACACUACGAAAGAACAAGACGGUCGGUAAGCCCUCUUGUAGAACAUGUCUCACCAUCAGCAUACGGCAGCACACUAUCGCUCACGACACGACGUCAUAUCGAUGAACUUACAGCAGCUCGCCUCCGACCUCCAACUCUUUCAACAUCAUUAACCUCUCUUCGAUCAAGAUCCAUUACCAGACUCGAGCAGGUAGGGAAACGAGCAUACAUAUGCAAUGGACUUCUUGAUAAAACUGUGAUACAUGGUGGAAAAAUAAGAUUGACGUGUAACAUUGGCGGUGAUUCUAAUCCCACAAUUGAAUGGCACAAGGAUGGAAGACCUAUAAGUCUCCACACGGAUUCAACUAGGUACAACACCGAUUGGAAUUAUGGUGUGGCAAGUUUGGAAAUACCGAAUGCUCUUACAUCGGAUUCUGGUCAAUAUACGUGCAUUGUCAAAAAUACAAAUGGUCAACAGGCUACAACAUCAACAGUCCGAGUGAUUUCAAAGAAAGACGGAGAAGACUCAGAAUGGAACCCUAUAGAACCUGAGUAUGAAGUAGAUGUUCCAAGAGAAGUCUGUCUAUUGGUCAAAGGCGCUGAUAUCGGCAUGCCAAGAGUGACUAACCUGCUCGCAGACCCUGUUGUACCAUCUGGGAGCACAAUUGCGCUCCACGUCCAAGUAGCUGGAUGUAGCAGACCGGACAUUACGUGGUUGAGAGGUGGAGCACCAUUGCCAAAAUACUCUCCCAGGGUACACUACUUUGAAGACGGUGGCCUAUUCACGUUGCUUCUCGAAGGAGCGACUCCGUCAGAAUCUGGGGUCUAUACCUGUCGAAUCUCGAGCGGAAGGCGUGGUGCUGUCGACACUACAGCCAUGGUGCAAGUUGUCCAAAGACGACCCCACGAAAAGCCAGCCCGUUUUACUGUGAAACCUGAGUCGAGGAUGACAUUGACAAACGGUGAAGACAUGACACUGACUUGCUAUGUUUCCGGGGAACCAAAGCCUCAAGUGACUUUCAUGAAAGGAAUAAAGGACAUAUCAAAAAGCUGUAGAACACUAAAAGAAAGUUUUGGAGAAUAUGUUCGUCUUACGUUAAAAAGAAUCAACUUGGACGACCGCGGUACAUACUUUAUUGUCGCAAAAAAUAUUUACGGAACUGACAGAGCGUUUGUCACACUACAGAUACGAGAUAGAGCAAGGUCUCAUACACCAACUAGCUGGUCUGAGGCUAAAGAUUCGCUCUCGACGCUUUUCAAUGAGACUCAUUAUAACACAACACACAGGAGCACAACAGCGCUCACCCACCAUGAGCCACUCCAAAUGUGAACACAAAUUGAACUAUUUUAAGCGCUGAAUUUUUCCUGAACUCAAUUGUAUAUAUUUAUACCAAUAAGUUAUUUUUAAUAACAGUUACCAACGCGCUGUGGAACGACAAACCCAUUGUAUAUAUUAGUUACUAUCUUCUAGUUAAAUGUGGAACGUUAAUGGCAAAAUAAACGUUUUAUUGUCUUUA